UUCCUAUAAAAAAAUCAGAGAAACCAAAAAAAACAGAAGGAACGAAAUUAAAGUAAAAUAUACCGCCGAAAAAAGUUGUAUAAUAAUUUAUCAUUUUUUAAAUUUUUUUCUUUCAAUAUUAUUAUAGCUGAUACAAAUAACAAAUAUACAAUUCAGUCAUGAUUGGAAGAAGUAUCAUAAAUCUUUCAAGAACUCGAGGAUUUCUCUUCCAAAGAUAUUUUUCAUUGAAUACAAUUCGAUCACAACAACAAAAGAAUCAUACUCCUGAUAAACUAGAAAGGCGAUUCCUUGUCUGGACUGGCAAAUACAAGUCACUUGAAGAGGUUCCUGGUCAUGUGAGUUUCGAUGAAAUGGAACGUUGUCGUAAUCGCAUUCGUAUUCGUUUGGCCAAUAUUAUGAUGGCACUUACAGUUGUCGGAUGUAUCAUUAUGAUUAUCAGUGGCAAACAAGCUGCUAAACGUGGUGAAUCCGUUGCGAAAAUGAACUUGGAUUGGCAUAAAGAGUACAACAAACAAGCAGCUGCCAAAGAAGAAGGUUCCAAGUGAAACCAACAACUCGAACAGAAGUUUUACCAUUGAUAUAAUAGGAAAUGUUGAAAGCUAAAAAGUGAUUUUGGGAACGAUCUUUAUUAUUAAUUAUAAUUUUAUUCAAUGAAUUAGCUUUUUACCUCAAAAGCCAAGUUGUUAAAAAAUCUUGUAAAUGUUAUCCAUUUCAACUCAAUAACUAUUGUAUAUUUUGUUUGCUGCUACAAAUAGAUUUAUUUUAUCAUA